CUGAAGAAUGUGGUAUGGCUAAAACACAUCCUAAUCCACCAGUGUUUGGUUCUUCCAAUGUCAAGGCCCAUAAUGACAUAUCAUUUCAAGCCCAUCUUGCGCAGAUCAAUAAUGAGAGCAUUCCACUCGUCUCUUCCAAGUUUGAAGAUCUACAAGAUCGUUCUUUCCGACGCUCAAGGACCUCACGUUGUUAUAUAAAAUGCCGAGAGUUGGACCAAACUCCUAAAUUAAGUGGACACAGAUGCUACCUAUGUAAGAGGGAUCUUUCAUUCAAACCAGAAGGCUCACUUGUCAUUCCAAAAAUUCUACCUACUGUGGCUGUACUGCCAUGUAGCCAUGUGUUUCACGGCCUCUGUUUGGAACGCAUCACUCCUCAAAACCAAGCUGAAGAUCCUCCUUGUAUUCCCUGUGCUGUUGGCGAAACUUGAUUUCUUCAAACCAUUGGGUUAGUCACUCCACUCCUCACCUCUUAUUUCUUUUCAUUAUGAAAUUUUGCUACUUUUAAUUUAGGCCAAAACAGAGAAGACUACGUUUCAAAUUCUUUAACAAGAGUAACUUGAGAUGGGCUUAACUUUGUAUAUAGUUAGGCAAAGACUUUUGAUUAUCUUAGGCCUACUUGCAACUUGAACAUUUUGUAAUUAUUUUCCUAUAGAAUGAUUUGCAUAGUUGAAAUAACUCUUACUUUAAGGAGUAAAAUAUGGAACUAGU